AUCUACUAUUUAUCUGCCUAUAUAGAUACUUCCAAAGAUUAUCUUCUAAACUAUCAAAAUAAUCCAAACUCAAAUUCAAAUAUUUAGGAAACGCGUCCCACAACCCGAAGGAAAACUAAAGCAAUUUAUAAAAGUGAAGUAGUAAAUACACCCGUUAAUUUAUUAGUGGUAGAAUAAUAUAUAUUAUACUAUAUACCGGUUCGAUCCUCAUAAGUGUCAUUUAGGGACACGUAAUCUUUAACUUAUUUUAUUGUUAUUGUUGUUAUUUCGUAAAAAUGGGACGGAAAGAAUUGUGUAUUUUGUGGAUGUGUGUCUGUCUCGUGGCCUGUGAGCUGCUGGGACCUGAAUCUCGUAAAGAAAGUGAAAAAUCGGAAGACGAAGAUGACAUUGUCGAAUCCCUGGAUACGAAUGCUCAGGGGGACUCUGAUUACAUGAAACAGCUCACGGAAGCGGUGAAUAAAGAGAUUCUCACACUCCAGGAAUAUGCGGAAGCCUUCAAGAAAACCAAGAUAGAGCCAAAGGAUGAAGAUAAUAAUAAAGCAGAUAGCCAAUUAGAACAAAUGGAGUAUACAUUGAAGCUGCUGAAGAAGAGUCUUCUCAGACACACAGAGCCUACUUGGAUACACGAUCCUAAAGAUGGAGAUUCCACAGCCAGUGAACUAGAGAAGUUGGGAGAGCAUCCCCAAGAUAUUCUGAAUACUUUACCACCGUUACCUGAAGAAGAAGAGGUAGAAUUGACACCUGAAUUAAAAGAAGCAAAAGAACUAUAUGAUGCAGCCACUGCAAAACUCCGGCGACGAUCCCCAGAUAUACGAUCAGCUAUUAUGCAGGUGAAACAAUCGGCCGACCGGGGUUAUAUCCCGGCUAAGAUCAAAUUGGCCUGGUCGCAUGUGUUCGGAGAGGGUGUAGAUAUGGACAUAGAGGCUGCUAAAGCAAUAUUCGAAGAGUUGGCUGAACAGGGAAAUGGAGAGGCUCAUGCGGGUAUGGGCUUUUUAUAUGCAACUGGGACAGGGGUCCCAGUGUCUCAAGCUAAGGCGCUUGUACACUACACUUUAGGGGCACUGGGUGACAGUGAUUUCGCGCAGAUGGCGCUAGCGUAUCGUCACUGGUCCGGUGUCACUGUACCCAGCUCCUGCCCUAAAGCCAUGGACCUGUACAUGAAAGUAGCUGCUAAAGUAGCCAGCCAGGUGUCGGCAAGCGGCGGUCCAGGCGUGCAGCGCGCGCGACUUUUGGACGAGGAGGCGGCCGGUGGCGCGCUCGACACCGACCUCAUCGAGUACUACCAGCUGCUGGCCGAGAAGGGCGACGUGCAGGCGCAGGUGGGAUUAGGCCAGCUGCACUUCCAGGGCGGGCGCGGCGUCACCCUGGACAUGAACAAAGCGCUCCACUACUUCCAACAGGCCGCCAAGACUGGGAACGCGGUCGCCAACGCCUUCUUGGGAAAGAUCUAUCUAGAAGGUGGCGACGGUAUCAAACCGGACAACGAGACCGCACUGCGUUACUUCAAAAAGGCGGCCGAACUGAACAAUCCUGUGGGGCAGAGCGGACUGGGCAUUAUGUAUUUACAGGGACGUGGAGUACCGAAAGAUACGACCUCGGCAUUCAAGUACUUCACGAUGGCAGCCAACCAGGGCUGGGUGGAGGGACAGCUGCAUUUGGGUUUUAUGUACUUUGGAGGGGUGGGCGUGCGGCGUGACUUCAAGCAGGCCAACAAGUACUUCUCGCUGGCGUCGCAGUCCGGCCACGUGCUGGCGCUGUACCACCUCGCGCACAUGCACGCGCAGGGGCUCGGCGUGCUGCGCUCCUGCACCACCGCCGUCGAGCUAUUCAAGAAUGUCUGCGAGCGGGGACCGUGGAGUUCACGACUGAUGCUCGCUCAUGCGGCGUGGAGGGCUCGUUCGACUUCCUCCUCCCUCCUCCAGUACCUCGCCCUUGCUGAACGCGGGCUAGAGGUAGCACAGUCCAAUGCUGCCUUCAUCUUGGACGAAGGAGUAGUAGGACCUUACCCACCUGAGCAGCGAUACCCUCGGGCGCUGCAGCUGUGGUCACGUGCGGCGUCUCAGGGUUGCGCAGCCGCCAGAGUGAAGUUGGGAGACUACCACUAUUACGGGCUGGGAACCCAUCAGGAUCUGGACGCAGCAGCCCAUCAUUACAGGAUAGCAUCAGAACAACUGCACAAUGCGCAGGCGACAUUCAACCUGGGCUACAUGCACGAGCGCGGGCUGGGGCUGGCGCGUGACGUGCACCUCGCCAAGCGCUGCUACGACCUGGCCGCCGACACGGCGCCCGAGGCACGCCUGCCCGCCGCGCUCGCGCUCGCCCGCCUCAACGCGCUCGUCGCGCUCGACCAGCUCUACGAGGUGAGUGUGCCGCCGCGUGCCGCGUGCCGCGUGCCGCGUGCUGCGUGCUACGUGUGCUGCUACAUGCUACGACCUGGCCGCCGACACGGCGCCCGAGGCACGCCUGCCCGCCGCGCUCGCGCUCGCCCGCCUCAACGCGCUCGUCGCGCUCGACCAGCUCUACGAGGUGAGUGUGCCGCCGCGUGCCGCGUGCCGCGUGCCGCGUGCUGCGUGCUACGUGUGCUGCUACAUGCUACGACCUGGCCGCCGACACGGCGCCCGAGGCACGCCUGCCCGCCGCGCUCGCGCUCGCCCGCCUCAACGCGCUCGUCGCGCUCGACCAGCUCUACGAGGUGAGUGUGCCGCCGCGUGCCGCGUGCCGCGUGCCGCGUGCUGCGUGCUACGUGUGCUGCUACAUGCUACGACCUGGCCGCCGACACGGCGCCCGAGGCACGCCUGCCCGCCGCGCUCGCGCUCGCCCGCCUCAACGCGCUCGUCGCGCUCGACCAGCUCUACGAGUCGUUGUUCGAGAGUCCUUUGGGCCUGAUCUUCCUGUCAGGCGACUCAAUGUUCCUGUCCAACUGGGACCUUUACCUCAUCACGGCGCUGCUCGGGGCGCUCGGAGUCGUACUUUACCUGCGUCGACCGCGCCCGCAGCCGCAGCCGCAACCACAACCGCAACCGCAACCGCAGCCGCAACCAGCGAAUUGAACUAUAAAAAUGUGAUAUAUGUGUUACAAGUGACAUGAAAACGUGAGGACUUGACAAAAUAGGAGAUACUGAGAGUUUCAUUGAUUGAGUAUUCAGUACUCAUAACUAGAAACAUGAUAGGAGUCUUACGAUGCCGUUAUCGAAAAGGCCUAUCGUAUGCGUCUCACGUGAGUUUAAUGUUUUGUACAGAGAACUUAUUAAUUUUAAUAGGAUUUGUGUAUAUUAUUAGGGUUUAUAGACGAUACAGCUCACUUUUAAGCUCAUAUUGUAAAUAGAUUUUAAUCAUCAGGGCUGGAUUAAAAUUUGGACGAUUUUUAACCAAUCUAUGCUUUAGAGGCCUUAGUAAGGUAAUUAAAUGUUUCUUCAAAUGUAAAAAAGUGUCGAAUUUAAUUUACCUUUUUUUUUGCGGACUCAAGGAAUAUUAGGCUGCGCAUGGAUUCAUAUAUAAGGCUUUUGCCUUAUAUAUGAAUCCAAUAUUUAAUCCAGGACUUAUAAUCAUACCACUCUGUUCUUAAAUAAUUUAUUUUGCACAUAAUUAAAAUUUUUUUUUACAUAUUUAAUUGUUGUUGAAUAAUAAAUUAUACAAAAUGUAAAAGAAUGAAGCUUUAUUUUUUAUACAACAAAUGUGGCAAUCGAGCUUGUUUCGCCCGAUGGCGAUGGACUACUGCACUCCACGAAUGCUGGCAACACCGGAGAAAUCCCUCGGCACUCUGACGUUGAAGUCUCAGUAGCCAGUUGACUGUUAUACCGCUUUUAAAUUUUAGAAUUGCGACUACUUUUUUAAAUUUAGAACCAUUCAUGCUUGUAUAGAAGUAGGUAAUAAGUAAUUGUACAGGUCGAUAUUGUUUUUUUUUUUUUUUUUUUUUAUUAAGCUCACGGUUUAGAAACUAUGUCGAAAUGAAGAGGCUUUUGAUUUUCCUUUAACCUUAAUCUUCUUAUCAAUAAAAGCUAAACAAAUCUAUUUUUAACUAUUAUACUGUUUUGUCACUUUUAUUUAAAUUGGGAAUUUAGCGUAACAGACAAUAUCUAAAAGUUUUCUUAGAGGCCCAAUUCAUGGAUUUGCUAGCGAUAACGACGAAUUGAUUAACCCUUUUUUGCAUGUUUUUUUAUUGGUGAAAUAAAUCAAGGUGAUAUAAUUCAUGUUAAAAGGGGAAUUGUAAAAAAAGAAAUUAGACAGCUAUAUAUUUUUUUCUGCAAUGGACAUUAAAAAGGUAUCCAGACACGAUCAACUUAAAGUGAACUUGUUCUUUUAUAUAAUUUUUCGGCAUUUAAUGUUAUGAUGGAAAUUUCCACCAUUAUGCAAAGAAAGGUUAAUUGAUUAAUACGCAUAAAAUGUAGUUUGACGUAUUAUUUAAUAAAUAAAAUGAGUCAUUAAAAAGAUGCAGAAAUUAUAAGAUAAAUAUAGAAGUUAUAAAGGAAUUAAUUACUCAUAGCUAUUUGCCACGCAAAAUUGUAUGAAAAAGUUGAGCCGUUUUUCUCGAAGCAUUUCUAUGGAGACACUCUAUCUAUAUAAUCUAAGAUAUCUAAAAACUUCGCUAGCAAACCAAAUAAUUUUUUAUCACUACUAACAUACAUACAUAUCCUUCACGCCUAAUCUAAGGUCUUCUGUUUAUUAGUAUACAUUCUGUUUAAACAGAGAAAAAUGGUGAGAAUAAAAAAACUACUAAAGUUUUAUAGAUACGCCGUAUCAAUUGUUUAGUUUACAUUAUCAUCAAGGCAUACUUUCAUGACAUAAAUUCGUUACCAACUAAAAAGGGUCGUGUUAAUAUAUUUUUUAUUUAAAAAAUGUUACCUAUUUUCUGUAAAUAUUCCAUAAUUUUUAUAUCAUAAUUGAAUGUGUGAUUUUGUAAAUAAAUAGCAAUUUUCUAUUUA